UAUACAGUGCCCAUAUGGAAGAAGUCCAAAGUUUUCCGAAAAUGUUUACAAAUGAGAAUGGCGGGUGGAAAGAAAUAUCCUGACCUGAGAUAUCUGUUUAUGCGGGGAUUGAUCAACCAUGAACGAGAUCAACGAUGUCAUCAUUAUUUGAAGUCAGCAGCGGAGUGUACAUCAAGAGCUGUAGUAUCCUUAGAGCUAGCAGAUGAACCUAUCAGGUCUGUGAAACAAGCAAGGAGGCUGGAAGGGAUUGGUGGUGAGACAUGUUCAAGACUGACAAAGUUAGAGAAGGAGAAGGAAUUUAGUUGUCUGAAACCUUUAGCAGGACGUUUUGUCAGCAGUGCAGGUGGUAUAUUGGUAGGACUGUUAGAUGCCACAGAGGAAAUUAGACAUCAUGGGAACUGCAGUCCAGAUAAAAGUAUUCUAGUUCCGGAAGGCAGUGUGAAGACACGGGCAAUCAGAUUGACAGAAGAACAAUUUGCAGAGGGACCUAAUGACUUUUGUAAAGCCUGGUGGCGUCUCGAGGUGCUGAUCAAGAGAGGAUAUGUCCGGAGACGCAGUCAGAAGAAAUCUGCUGUGCUGCAGUUGAUGCCCAUUGGAAAGGAUAUUGCCACAAGAUUACGAGCUCAAAAUGGUCUUACAUCAACAGUACCAGAUAUCUACCAGACACCAGGCUCGUCAUAUGCUAUACCAAGACUUCCUUUGCUUGGUGAACCAGGGGAGAUUACUCCAUUGCAGAAAACUGAUUUGUCAUUUCUACAGUCAUUGACUGGGGAGACGACUCUACAGGAACAGAAACCAAAACUAGAGGAUGCUUUGUACACAAAUGAUCGGGGACUUGAUGGUAUUGUUAUGUUGGUAGAUAGACGUGAAAUGGGAGGAGAGAAAAAUGGUCUAGGGGAGCUUUGCGGUCUGUUGGGUGAUAAUGGGAUUUGUUACAAGACCCAGCAUCUUAAAGCCGGAGAUUACAGCUGGUUGUGGAGAGUGAAUGGAAAAGAAAUUGUUUUGCCAUGUCUGGUGGAGAGAAAACGAGCUGAUGAUAUAGCCCGAACAUUGAAGGAAGGUCGGUUCUGGUCUCAGGUUAACAGAAUGAAGGAAUGGAAGGAAGGCUUCAUAGAGCGAGGUAUACAGUGUGCCAUACAUUAUAUACUGGAGAGAAAGCCGGAGGAGUAUGUUGUCAGGUGUGAAGAUGGUUGUCAGGGUAUCAUACAAUGUGGAAAUCCAACACUUACUCAAGUCAAGCUGGUGAUAGAGGACUUGAAGAGGCAUCCAGAUCUACUUGUGAAAGAAACUGACAGUCUGAACGUAACUGUGAUACUCCUGGCAUCACUUACAGCUGAACUUCGUGAAAGGGUUAAGAAAGGUGACUUUGACAACUUGUUACAGUCGGAAUUGUCAGAGAAGAAACCUCAGCCAUGUGCUGAAACAUCAUUACACACAAGUUCAUAUGUAGAUGAUGUUGUAACCAAAACUAAGAAUGUUCAAGCAAAGAAUCUAGUGCCAGCUGACCUAUUGUUUGAUGAGGAAAUGAGAUUAGCUAUUGAAAGAUCAAAAACUGAAAUUUCCGAGGCAAAUAAUGUGUUGGACAGUAUACCAGAUAUAUAUAAAGAUCAUAGAAAACAAACAGUAAGUAAUACAGAUAAAAAGACUCUUCAUGUCGUAGAUGAUGAUAAAGAUAUUGAUGCUGAUCUGGCUAUGGUCCUUGAAAGAUCUAAGUAUGACACUCGCCGGGGUGGAGAAGAGGCUGGUGGAGUAGGUAGGGACAUUGAAUCUGAGCACCACCCUCUGAUGCAGUACCAUUGUACUGAAGGUGGGUCUCUCCACUAUCCAUCUUCAGGUGGAAAAUCUAGAGAAAAACAUACAGACGCAUACAGACCCAAAAUUAACCGGAAACAAACUGUGUCUAGCUCUGGUUUUUCAAAACAAAAUGUUUAUAGUAACUUUGAAUCUGAAAAUAUGAAUGUCACAUCUGUGAAUGAAGUUCCACUAAAUGGUUUGAAUUCUUCAAGGGUUUGUUACAAAAAUGAUGUUAAUAGUAGUCAUUUGUUGAAUGUAAAUUCAAGGGGCACACGUACAGAUACAACUCAAAAUACAUAUUCAGAUAGUAUUUGGAAAGAUACUGUUGUUAAUGACCAUUUGUUGUAUGAAUCACCUAGUGAAAAUAAAAAGCCUGUAAAGAGAAAAUAUUACAAAAAAGAAUUUAUUUUCAAACCUGAUGAAAAUUUUGUUGAUGAAUCUUAUUCCAGUAACAGUGAUAGUGAAAGUUUGAAUAAGAAAAAGCCAAGAACUGCUCAGUUCAGUUUUACUCCAGCAAAAGAGUGUAUAGAGACCAAUGUAUUGCAGACUGCAUUUUCAAAAGGCAUUAAGGAUACAGCAGAUGAAAGGAGAUGCCAUCAGACUCCUAGAAAUGUGCUUGGUAAAGUGUAUAGAAUGAGAAGAGUUAAAGAUGAAGUACUUCAUACCUUGGAAACAGAACCAAGUUUGUCAUAUUCUAAGAAAGUUAAAGUAAAAACAGAGACAGGGUGUUCUGAUGACAUUGAAAAGUUAACAACGGACCAUGAUGAAAACGAUCAGGUUGAUGGAUAUAAUUCAGGGGAUGAUCUUUUUGCUGACAAAGAUGAUAAAAGUGAAAAUAAAAGUUUUAAAGAAAAAGUAGGUCCUUCUCGGAACCUCUCUAGCCAUAUUGAAAAAGGCGCCAAUUGUGAUGUGAAGAAAUUUCAGAAAGACAAAGGGAAAAAUUCUUAUGUUGAAAGGUGUGAGACAAGAAGAAUAGAUUAUGAGGAAGAUGUUUUAGCAUCAAAUGUUAUUGAUUCGGAAGGUGUGGAGACUGGGGGUACAAGUAGAGACAUUUCCUUAUCUCAGGGUAGUGAGAGUGGAGAAAGUUUACCAGAUAUUGAACUGGGUAUCACAGUGCCUGCUGGAAAUGCCUGUACCACAAAUAGUUCUAUUAGGGCCAAGACUAGUUCUAGAAAUGUGAGUCCAGUCAGAAACUCGUGUAUUUCUGGUGGAUCUAUUAGCGGUAAGGAAAGGUCUGAGAGAACGGCUAGAAUAGAUAGUAGGGGAAUAGGGGAUGAUGUGAAUGUUAGCACCAGACAGGAGAGGUUCGACUCGGGCUAUGAUUCCGAUACUUCACACCAUGUUAACAAUGAUGAGACAGAGGACAAAGUGAAACUAGUGUUGUCAGUGUUACCACAUAUACCUAAGUAUUCAGCAAGAGAAAUGUUGAACAAAUGUAAAAACAAUGUGGAGUUGUGUAUCACAGAACUGCUAGAAGGAAACAGUUGAAAUUCACAUGUGAUUUUGACCAAUUUUCAGAACAGGCGUUAUGGAGUUAUCUAGUCAUUUUACUUACAUUUUACAUAAUUUUUUUUUUCAAGAAAUCUUUGUGAUAGAUUCUUGGUUGUUCUAGUCUUAGUUGACUUACUUAGAUAUAUUUUGUCAUGUUCGGUAGUCCAUUUAACACAUCUGCUAGUCCAGUCAUUUCUUCUGUCUGGCUCAGAUUGAAGUUAGAACUUCCAUAAUAAAUGUUAAAAUUUCCUGUAACAUUUUAUUGACCUAAACAGGUCAUGUGAUGUCAUUUUACAAAAAAGUUUCACCUGAAUAAAAGUAAUCCUGGAAUUAACGUACCUUACCAUACUUAGGUAUGAUAGUUGUUCAGUAUCUAUUGUCUGUUUUGAAAUUGAAUUGCGUAAUUUCUCUUUGCAAUGCAUCCUUUAGCACUUUAAAACUUUCCAAAAUAAUGUGCAUCUAACGUAAAAUACUUUACUUUUUAUUAGCUCACCGGAGGUAAUGCUCGGGUGAGUUUUUGUAAUUGCUCGAUGUCCAGCGUCUGUCGUCUAUCAACAUUUAGCUUGUGUAUGCGAUAGAGGCUGUAUUUUUCAACUGAUCUUCAUGAAAUUUUGUCAGAAUGAUUACCUUGAUAAAAUCUAGGCCAGGUUUGAAAAUGGGUCAUCUGGGGUCAAAAACUAGGCCGAUGUCCGUCGUCUGUUGUUUAUCAACAUUUAGCUUGUGUAUGCAAUAGAGGCUGUAUUUUUCAACAGUUUCGAGGGCUUAGAGCGAAACUAGUCUAAGUGUAUAUAGAAAUAGAAGCAGAUAGACUAGUUUCGCUCUGAGCCCUCGAACUGAUCUUCAUGAAAUUUUGUCAGAAUGAUUACCUUGAUGAAAUCUAGGCCAAGUUUGAAAAUGGGUCAUCUGGGGUCAAAAACUAGGUCAAAUCAAAGAAAAACCUUGUGUAUGCGAUAGAGGCUGUAUUUUUCAAUUGAUCUUCAUGAAAUUUGGUCGGAAUGAUAGCCUUGAUGAAAUCUAGGUCGAGUUUGAAUAUGGGUCAUCUGUGGUCAAAAACUAGGUCACUAGGUCAAAUUAUAGAAAAAUCUUGUGUAUGCGAUAGAGACUGUAUUUUUCAAUUGAUUUUCAUGAUAUUUGGUCAGAGUGAUUGCCUUGAUGAAAUCUAGGUAGAGUUUGAAAAUGGGUCAUCUGGGGUCGAAAAGUUGGUCACUAGGUAAAAUCAAAGAAAAACCUUGUGUAUGCAAUAGAGGCUGUAUUUUUCAAUUGAUCUUCAUGAAAUUUUGGUCAGAAUGAUUGCCAUGAUGGAAUCUAGGUCAAGUUCGAAUAUGGGUCAUCUGGGGUCAAAAACUAGGCCACUAGAUCAAAUCAAAGAAAAACCUUGUGUAUGCAAUAGAAGCUGUAUUUUUCAAUUGAUCUUCAUGAAAUUUGGUCGAAAUGAUUGCCUUGAUAAAAUCUAGGUCAGGAUCGAAUAUAGGCUAUCUGGGGUCAAAAAGUAGGUCACUAGGUCAAAUCAAAGAAAAACGUUGUGUAUGCGAUAGAGGCUGUAUUUUUCAAUUAAUCUUCAUAAAAUUAUGUCAGAAUGAUUGUCUUGAUGAAAUCUAGGUCGAGUUUGAAUAUGGGCCUCUGAGGUCAAAAACUAGGUCACUAGGUCAAAUCAAAGAAAAAACUUGUGUAUGCGAUAGAGACUGUAUUUUUCAAUUGAUCUUCAUGAAAUUUUGUCAGAAUGAUUGCCUUGAUAAAAUCUAGGUCAGGUUUGAAUAUGGGUCAUCUGGGGUCAAAAACUAGGUCACUAGGUCAUUUCUAAGAAAAUUCUUGUUUAAACUCGAGAGACCACAUUUUUGAUCCAAUCUGAAUGAAAAUUGGCCAGAAUAUUUGUUUCCAUGAAAUCACUAGGUCAAACAUGUUUACACUGUUAUGGUGUGUUUCUCAGGUGAGCGACCUAGGGCCAUCUUGGCCCUCUUGUUUAGAACAUUUUGCGUGUAAGUAACCGAAGUGUAUACAUUAAUCCUUUAAUAAACAAAAUAUGAAAAUGUCUUUAAAUUUUUUCAUUGCAAUCACCCUUGGGUAUUAUUACUGGACUUCUUAUAUAAAAUGCUGCUCCAUAGGGUGCUAUAUGAUGAGUCCACACUCAAGGACUUUUAAAUUUGGAAAAUUGGAACCAAGAAGAUUUUCGUAAUGCAUAUAUUUAUGAAAUAUGUAUAAUAAAUAAGGAUAUCGAGGUGGUAAAUUGUCUGUACUAAACGAAGCGUGAACACCACUCAUGAAACUUUAGUAAGUUUUGUUCAGAUAUAUAGAAAUUCAGUUGUCCUCGCCAUUAAAAGAUAAAUAAAUUGAUUCGUUUGUGCAAUAAUAAAAAAAUAAAUUGAUUUUUGUGUUGCAACAUGCCAAUGUAGAUGAUGUAAUUUGAAACGUUAAUGUAACAAUGUUAAAUGCUGAACCGAAGAGCAGAAGUCUGUCUAGUAUAAUUUCAGUAACUUUCCCAUAUUUUCACUUUAUAGCAUUUCAGUAAAACAGUCUGAGAAAUGCCUACGUCGGAGAAAAAAAAGUCCAUCAUUAUUUUAAUGAAUAGGUCUUUAAUCAAACUAAAGUUGGGAAUUUUCAAUAAAAGUUUUGUUUUUGACUUUUUAAUCGACUUCAGCAUGUAAUAAAACUUAAUUUUCAUAAAUGAGCACUAUUUGUUUUGUAUAGCAUGAAUAACUACACAAGCUACAGGUGCACAGGCAACUGGUCAUGCUUCAGGUAUCAGUCCGUUACUUAGCAGACGCUAUUCUCGGUGAAGAAGUUUCAGAGACCUUGACCCCAAAACAGUAGAAUUCAUCAUUGACUGACCAUGACCUUUGACCUUAUGAUCUCUAAUACAGUAGGGUACAUCUACAGAACAUGAGUAAGUAUCCUAUGAAGUUUUACAACUGUUAACCAAAUAAUUCUUUAGUUAUUGAGGGUGUUUUUAGUCUCGAGGUCACUAUUACAAAGACCUUUGACUAAUGAACCCCCAGGGGUCAUUAGGGGUAAUCUAGUGACCACAGGCAAUCAUUCUAUGAAGAUUGUAGGUUAGUUAUUUAGCUGACCCUUGACCAACUGACCCCUAGAGUCCUCUUGACCAUAUGAAGUUUCACAACUGUAGGCCAAAGCAUUCUUUAGUAAUUGCAGAUAAACUGUUUUCAGUCUCCAGGUAACUUGGACUUAUUUACCUCCAAAACAUUAGGGUCAUCAACUGAAUGCAGGCAAUCAUCCUGUGAAGUAUGACUGUUAUGACAUCAAGAAUUCUCUAGUUAUUAUUCAGAAAACCAAAUGGUCUACAGACAAACCAACAGACACUGCGCGAAAAAAUAUACUCCCUCUUCUUUGAAGGGUGGGUGGCAUAAAAAGUGGAUAUAACUGUUACAUGUAGUUCCAUUUUAAAACUGGCCAUAACUUUACUGUGGCAAAUUAUUCCAGUGUAUUUCUUGUGGUGAUUGUUAUGCAGAGGUAGUGGUGAAAACAUGACAUGGUUUCUUAAAAAUUAAUUUUUAUCUUGUCUGAAUUUUGAAAAAAAAUCAACAAGCUAUUGUACUUGAUUGUUGAGUGGUUAAUAUUUUUGUUUAGGUUAACAUUUUCUCAAAAACUAUAGCUUUAAAACUUUGCACACUUGUUUACCAUCAUUUGAGGAGUAUGUUGCCUUUUUUUUGUUGGCUAAGAACCAUAACUCACACUUGCAUUUUUUUUCUUCAGAAUAUUCUUAGAAAAUUGUAAAUUCUUCAUUAAAAUUCUUGUUUAGAUCCACUUUUCAUGAAUAAUACAAGAGCUAUAGCUUUGAAA